ACUGGCCGUGGCGCCGAUGACACGCCACUGGCUUUCAAGGCCGGAAUAUAUUUUUCUUCGCCGGCGAACUACUGCGAUUUUUCGGUUGUCGACUUGCGCGACUCGCUCCCGUGCUUUCUAUUCUCGGCGGUAUAUAGCCGUGAUCCGCGGCUGAUGUUCAGCCGAGGGCAGCGUAUGUUUAGUGUAUACAUGUUUUGUUUACUAAGAAGUCGAACGUCCGAGGCUCAGGAUUUCGGUUCCAAGAUUCCCGAACGCGUAUCGCGGAACUUCUCGGGAUAGGCUCUGAGCGUAAUUGUUCAGUUAUUUCCUAAGUUUCAAUCGUGCCCUUUAGGGAAGUAAUAGUACAAUGCACUGUGCUAUUAUGCCCGUUCUACACCCAGGGAUGAUCCUACUUGUGGCUUCAUCCGAGUGGAGAAGUUUACACGGGCAUUUCAGUCCGAGUAUCAUACUAAAGCCCAAUGUCCACGAUGCUAGAACUUGGUCCAAGUUCUAGCAUCGUGGACACAGGCCUUAACAAGGGGAUCGGGCAAUGGCCGCACCGAUUUUCUCCAACUUUGUAUACAUAUGUUUAAGCUUACGAUCGGCCAUAACUGGCAAUGUGUCUUUCAACGCAUAAAAUUUAUUGCGAAAAAUAUUACCGGGGUUUGAACCUGGACCUCCCCCUUCCCUCUAGGCGUGCGUCUCAACCAGUUCGACUACCGGGGCAUAUACUGGAUACAUUUUUCGUAUACAGUGAAUUUUAUUUCGCGUCCCAGCCUUUUACCCUGAGAGAUGGAUCUCGAAUGUUUUAUCGAUGGCGGUGCACGGUUUUGUACACUCGAGUACUUCCACGCGUAGUCUCUAGAGCGCGCUAAAACGCGGAGCAGCGCUGCCAACCGAAUCUCCCAGCGAAGCUUUAAAUCCCCAGCGGCUCGAUCACGAAAAUCCUUUUCCUUUAGCGUGAAUCCGUGAGAGCUUGAAAAACUUUAUUGAACCGAUAUUGCCUUCGAGAGACGCGUCGUCUCUCGUCGGGAUAAAUAAACUGGUCAAUCUCUGGGCUGCUUUACGCGAGAAGAUGAAAAUGAUCGAGAUUAAAAUGACCCUGCGCUACGAUGGGCCAAGUCCGAAAUUUCAUAGCGUCACGUUGAGACGUUGUUCGAUAAGAUUCCAGAUUUGACCGGUCGUCGCGCAAGGUCACUUGAAUCUGGAUCACUUGGAUCUUCUCGCGAAAGCAGCCCCGAGGUGAGAAACCGGAGGGACGCGCGUCUCGACUCGCCUCUCGAAAUCCAACGUUCGUAUUUGGCGCGCGCCGCCCGCGUCCCGAGAAUCUCGCGAGAUCGAGAGAUCGUCGCGAUGGGAAAAUGACAAGCCGCGUAGCGCGCAGUUGCACGCAAUGGCGGUCACCAUGGUUGAUGUCGUUGCUUACCGCAUGUUUUGGUGACUCCGUCGUAGCGAUGAAUUGAGAAUCGGCUCGCCGCAUCCAUUCCAAGGAUCCCCUUCCGACCUCGGGCCGAGUGCGGGCUUCGGUGGCGCGGCGAGGUCGCGCCGGCAAGUCCCGCGCGCCGCGGGCGACGGUUGCUCCGGGGGCGAGGAAGUAGGUUAGACCGCCGUGAUUCUGGCAGUGACUAUCUUUGAUUUGACUUCACUAUCCCUCCUCGCCGCGCGGCUAAGCGAGUGAGAUGCUGGCCUGCUUGCCGCAGGACCCCGAGCCUGCCCUUUCGCGUCCUUGAGCGCCGGAGAGAUGUCGGGCGACAGCAAGAACUUGCGCGGGGUGCCACCCCGCUGGCUCGACUGUCCGCGCAAGGCGAUGCGGCUGAUCCAGGGCAAGUUUCUCGCCUUCAAGACGCCCCUGUCCUCGGCCUACGACAGCCAGGUGCCCGAGGGCUGCCGCUUCAACGUCGAUAUGUUCUUCGCGAAUCUCAAGAGCCAGAAGCUCAAGAUGGGCCUGUGGAUAGACCUGACCAACACGUCCAGGUUCUACGACAAGGAGAGCAUAGAGGAGUACGAUUGUAAAUACGUCAAGCUGCAGUGCCGCGGCCACGGCGAGACCCCGUCCGAGGAGCAGACCCGCGCCUUCGUCCAGCUCUGUAGGAACUUUAUCGCUCACAAUCCCCUGGACGUCAUCGGCGUGCACUGCACGCAUGGCUUCAACCGGACGGGCUUCCUCGUAAUCAGCUACUUGGUAGAGGUGGACGGUACCAGCGUCGACGCUGGUAUCGCCGAGUUCGCCACCGCGCGGCCACCUGGAAUUUACAAGGGCGAUUACAUAAAGGAGCUCUACCAGCGGUACGACGACGUGUCGGACGCGCCGCCGCCGCCCGCGAGGCCGGCCUGGUGCCUGGAGUACGACGAGGCCAACGUCGCGGACGCGGACGAGGGGCCGAGCACCGACAACGACAACGGCCGGGAGGAGAAGGGCAAGAGGAAGAGGCGCGAGAUAUUCAAUAGAAACCCGGUGUUCAUGGCCGGCGUACCUGGCGUCACUCCUGUCCUGGAAAAGAAGAGGCUCUUUGGAAUCCAGGGCCGAGUCCAGGAGAUCUGCGGAUGGGAAGACUCGGGGUUCCCCGGCUCCCAGCCUGUGUCCAUGGAUUGCGACAAUCUUACGCUGUUACACAGAAAGCCGUACAGAGUGUCCUGGAAAGCCGAUGGCACAAGGUACAUGAUGUUGAUACAGGGUGACGGAGACGUAUUCUUCAUAGACAGGGAAAACAGCGUUUUUGAAGUAAACGGUCUGACAUUUCCACACUUGCGAGAAAACCGCGGUCUGAGAGAUACCCUGUUGGACGGAGAGAUGGUGAUUGACAAAGAUAGGGGCAAGAAUAUUCCUAGAUACUUGGUGUACGACGUUAUUAUGUACGACGGACAGGACGUUAGUAAAUUGCCGUUUCAUCCUGAUCGGUAUUUCAUCAUCGAGAACAAAAUAAUCGCCGGCAGGCUAAGGGCGAUGAAGGAGGGACGAUUGAUAAAAGAACGGGAGCCGUUCUCGGUGCGAGUCAAGUAUUUCUGGGACGUGACGCAGAGCAAGAGCCUGCUGGGCGAGAAGUUCGCCAAGCAGCUCUCUCACGAGCCGGACGGCCUGAUAUUUCAACCCGCCAAGGAGAAGUACUGCACGGGAGUGUCCGCGGAGGUGUUGAAAUGGAAACCGUUGUCGUUGAACUCCGUCGACUUUAAACUCAAGAUUGUCACGGAAACGGGCGUGGGGAUCCUGCCGCGGAAGAUUGGCCACCUUUACGUGGGAGGAUUGAAGACGCCGUACGGCACGAUGAAGAUUACCAAGCAGAUAAAAGAUUUGGACAACACGAUUGUCGAGUGCAAAUUCGAGAAUGGCCAGUGGCUCUUCAUGCGCCAGCGGAUAGACAAGUCGUUUCCUAAUUCCGUCGCGACCGCCGAGUCCGUGUGCAAGAGCAUCAACAAGCCGGUUACGAAGGAGCGGCUUCUCGACUUUAUCGAGAAGUACAGAUUUGCGCGGGACGACACGGAUCUUAUGCCACCGCCGAAUAAGAAGCCAAGAUAAUCUUGGGAUGCGCUAUAUUAUAGAAUUCAUAACUGCGUCGCGAUUUUUACAGUUUCAAUCAUUGUCCGAGGAAUGAAAACUUAGAAACGUUCUAUAUUUAUUUAAUUAGAGUGUAAGCAGUUUAAGCUCAAAGGGACUUUAAUUAAAUAGGCAACUUUUUAUUAUAGUUGCGGCCAAUUUUACUUGAAUUUUUAGGAAUGUUAAAUAGGUUGAAAAUAUCAGAGUGCAUGAUAUCUGUUUAUUUGUAGAAUAAAGAGUAAUAUGUAAGGACAUUUGUUAUGGACCCCAACGUUAAAUUUUGUGAUAAAUACGUACCGUUUUAAAUCAGGAUUGUCUUCUCAUCAGGAUAUUUCGUUCAGUUUCCAUGAAUUGUACGUUCGACGAUUAUUGUAUAUUUUGAUGAAUUGAGAUUAUUAAUUGUUGAAUAAAACUUUGUAAUAACAGA